AUGGAGCUUCCUGCCAGACUUCUUGUUGAAAGCGCACCGAAAAGGCAGCGGUACAAUCGUGUGGCGCACAUUCUCUUCGGUCUCGGUGGAAAACUGGAACUUUGCCCAGACACGCGUCGUCAGUUGUUGGCGGCCGCGGUGGAGUACCUUACGGGCGGUUUUAGUGUAUGCGACAUUGAAAUGUUUCGUCGUUCUUGUGGAGAGCAUCCUGACUGGCCCGCGGGGGAGUGUAUAAUUUCUGCGGCGCAAGAAGCUGCGGUACGUGCACGUGCAACAGCCGCUUUGCAGUCCGCCCUAUCAUGUUUGGAACUUUCAUCUGUCGAGGAUGAUGAUGUUGCGUCGCAGCAGACCCCUUUGGUGACCAUGAAGCGGGGUCGUUUAGAAUCGAAAGAAGUACGUGAAGUACGUGAAGUACGUGGUCAGUUGCGGGUGGCGGAGGCUUACGCCGAUUUGCAUGACUACGGGGCAAUGAGUAAGGCCAUGAGUCGUCUUUCAUUAUUGUCAUCUUCACUGCAGCAAUCAGCGGUGAGUUCGAAUCGGGUGGAAACCAUCCUUGUCCAGUUGGACGUUGUCCGGCGCAGCGUGGAGCUGUGGCUGUGCGCAGGUAACUUGGAGGCUGUUCGGGGCCUUGUUGGGAACGCUACGGCUACCCUUCUGACACAAGCUGCGGAAUGCCUUUUGCAGGCCCAAGGUUGCGGUCCAUCGCCUUUGGCACCGCAGCAGCGAACCGUGGAGAGUAUGAUGUCUGAAAUGGAGGACCACUUGCUCAUUUUAUCAAUUGUGCGAAGUUUGUGCAUGUUUGCGGAUCAAAAUUUUUCCGGUUUUGCUCGCGUGUUUACAGGGAAUGGUUUACGAGUCGCGGGAUGGUCCCCUGCGGUUGAGGAGUUCAACAAGAGAAGGAAUUCUGUGCAAGUUGCUGCGUCACUCGGCGGUGGUGUUAACGCCUCUGGGCCAUUCUCGGGAAUUCACCAUUUGCGACAACUUGUUGAGGAGUCGAUCACUUCAGGGCCACAGCUGGGGGUGAUGGUGUUGUUUUGUGCCUUUGCGGCGUUGCCACGCGCAGAGGCGUUGGAGUUGGUUACCCGGAUGGAUGUCAUGCCUCUCUGGGAGGAUGUGCCUGAGGCCAAUGCGCUCGUUCAGGCGCUACAACUAGCCAAAUGGGACGAAUUUUUCCGUGCAGCCUCCGUACUGAAUUUCUCGUUUUUAAAAACGGAUAUUUUCGCUUGUAAACAUAGUGAUUUUCUCCACCGUUUGGUUGUCCAGUCUGUUAUCUUGGGAUACGCCAAUGCGUUUUUGCGCCUUGACAUGCGGAAGGCGGCGGACCAGCUGUCUAUCCCACUUGGAGAAUUACAAGAAGUUUUGCGCGAGCUUAUUCUAGAAGGACGUCUUCAGGCGCGAAUGGAUCUCGUAACUCGGGUGCUAACAAGUGCCAGGUUCAAGGGGGACCUAGAAGGCCAUUCCCCGCCCUCUUUGGCUCUAUUGGACUGCAUUCGUCGUAGCGACGCGGCUAUGACGGAGGUUGAGCAGUCACUUCGUAUUUUGUCAAUGCACCGAAAUUGUGCGUGGGACUAA